UAUGACGGUUAGGGUUGAGAGAGUGAGGUGCAUGGCAAUCCUAAAGGAUAAUUUAUCAAAUGAGAACCUCCAGAACUAAUGAUCGAUUCCACGUGAUUUACGUGGAUCUGUAUCAUGUGACACAGGCUAUCUUCACGUCUUCAUUUAUAUAAAGUUAUUGGAUAGUUCCAAACAGAUAGUUUUAUAUUAGAACAAUGAAUUGAUACAAUAUAUUACACAAUGGAGGUAAUUGUUUAUAAUAGUUCUGAAGUCAACGGGACAUACAAUAUAACUGACCAAGGUGGACAGGAUUACAGCGAUUAUCCAUAUAUGGGAGAACUUAAACAAGUUCCAGAAUGGGAAGUUAUUCUCAAAUCUUUACUUUUUGCAGUUAUUAUAUAUUUUUCACUGGUAGGAAAUUUUCUGAUAAUUGUCGUUGUAUUACGGAACCGGUCCAUGAGAACAACCACCAAUUAUUACAUUGUUAAUUUGGCUGUGGCCGAUCUGCUCGUGACCGUCUGCUGUAUGUGGGUAUCGCUUGUUGAUGACGUAUCUGAAGGAUGGGUACUUGGAGCGUUCUUCUGCAAGAUCAACACUUUCACACAAGUAUUGUCCGUUGUAGCCAGUGUGUUGUCCUUGACAUUGAUAGCCUAUGACCGUUUCUUUGGUAUAGUAUUUGCAUUGAAAGCUCAUAUGACUGACAGGAGGGCACGAACGUCAUUGAUUCUUAUUUGGUUAUCCUCAGCAUUGAUUGCUUGUCCAACUUUAAUCUACAGACAACUUAAAGUACGUGUUUGGAAGGAUCAUACAGAACGUUGGUGUGACGAUGACUGGCCCGUGUCUAUUGGCUCUGACAACAAUAUAACAACACAUUCAAUACCAUCACGGACUGCAUAUUAUGCCACUGUAUCUGUUGUUUUGUACUUUAUACCAAUGAUUGUAAUGACACUCGCCUAUUCUCGUAUAAUAAUGAAAUUAUGGAUGAGUGCGAUACCAGUAGAAAAAAUGGAUAAAAGAGUUGAAGCCCAAGCUAGGGCAAGAAAGAAGGUUAUCGUCAUGUUAGUUGCUAUACUUGUUGUCUUUGCUGUUUGCUGGUUACCAUUUCAAAUAAUAUUACUAUACAGUGAACUUCGUUCAAAUAGAGAAGCGCUCGGUGACUGGUACUAUGAUCUGACAUUUGCAGCACGUCUGAUGGCGUACUCGAAUAGUGCCUUGAAUCCUUUAAUAUAUACAGGAUUUAACGAAAACUUCAGAAGAGGUAUCCAGCGAGUUUGGCACUGUGUGUCAUGUAAGGAAAAGCCUAAUGUAUACAACAAUGGCUACUCGUAUGGACAUUCAUAUGGAUCACAUGAUGCCGCAACGAUGCCAACCUCACUUUAAAGCCGUUUGAUUGAUACAUAUAUAAGUUGACGAUAAGAAAGGAUGCAAGGGCAGACUGUUUUACUUAGAAAACAAAAAAUCAAAAAGAAGAGUUUUAAUGGCACCAACAUUUCCUAUUUUUAACGUACUAGUAAAAGAUAACAGUUCGAUUACUAUAGCUGUUCAUAUUUAUACGAUCCAAAUACAUUUAUUAAGAAAUAAUAUCUAGGAUUCAACGUAAAUAGUUGUGGGAAUUACUGUUUAUUGCAAUAGUUUGAAUAUCAUUGUUGAGAGAAGAGAGACAUGGUCAAUUUGAUACCAUGAACAGAAUUAAUUAAUGAAACUCGGUGCUUGAAAAUAAAAUCAUUAUUUUAUUUAUAACAAUUUAUGAAUGAGUAUGCGUGUUGAAUUCUACGCAAAAAAACUAUAGUUUGUUGUGAUACACAACGUUUGUCUCGAAUGUGCUCAUGUAUGACUUGUAUAUAAAUUAUGAGUGUAACACUACUUUAGAGAGAGCAGUAAGGUACAUAAGAAGGUGUACUACAUACAAACUGAUGAUAUGCUACAUAAAACGCGAAUACAAUUGUUUCCGUACUUAGUUCUAACAAAACUCACAAAUAUUGUAGAACAAGUUUCAGUACUUAGUUUUAACAAAGCUGACAAAUAUUGUAGAACAAGUUUCAGUACUUAUUUCUAGCAAAGCUGACAAUUAUUGUAGAACAAUUUACGUUUGUAAAUAUAAAAAAAAUCAGAGAAUACUUGCAUCGCUCAUGUAAAAAGGAUCCUAUAUUGUUGUUUUGUCAAGUACCAUACCUACUUGGUACACAAAACAAACAGAUUAUAAAAGCUGUUGAAUAUGAAAUAUAAAUUAUCUUUAUCAGUAACAUGCAUAACAAGGACGUUACAGUCAUAGAAAGAGAGUUUUCGUAGCAAUCGUAACGUUAUAAAGAACUGUCAAAUUAUGUUAUGUAAUAAAACUUUAUUUGUUUAUGAAAAUUUGUAUCCAAAAGAUAUUCAGUCAUAGAUA